GUUUGACGCGCCCCCCAUGGACACCGCGGGCGUGUCGGUGAUGGAUCUGGACGAGGAGGACGUUAACGUCCUGGAGCUCGCGCCGCCAGAGGCCGAAGUGUUCAUGCAGCGCACGACUGGGGUGCACCAGUGCCUGAAUUGCGGGUUCGAAUACAACCAGAUGUGGGGGAACGGGGAGUACGGCCCUGGCACCGAGUUCGAGUCCCUACCGGCAGACUGGACCUGCCCACAGUGCGGCGG